AUGUGCUGAUUGCUAAGGUACCAAUACCUUCACCAUCUGGUCGGGUUAACCAGGAGGAAUCGAGAAUGAUUCAUAGCCUGAACCAAUCAGUGGCUUGCUGCGAUCGAGAGUGGUUCGUCUCCGUUCGGUUCUCGUGACAUAGGUUGCUUUGAUUGAGGUAAUAUAGGUGCUAACGCAGGUGCGAUUCGUGAUAUCAUCAGAACCAACCAUGAGUGAAACGGAAGCCAAGAUAGAUUUUUCAAAGUUGCAGCACUUUCCUCAAACAGAAACUCAAAAUAACAAAAAUAAAAUUAUCACCAAAGCGUUCCUCGAUUCAGCCUAUCAAGUGGUUGAAAGUAUAGAAUCGUUUGGGCGGUUAUUUACACCUAUUGUGAAGGAUAUGAGAGGCAAUGUGAAGAGACUGGAAGCGAAAUACAAAGAAAACGAGCAAAUAUUCUGCUAUCUCGAGGACCUCAUUCUACUGGACAAACAUGGGAACGAAAACACUUUCGAUUCGGUUACGGAGGGACUUUUGUGGUUGAAACGUGCUCUCGAAAUGAUUGAAAUGUUCUUCAGAAACAUGCUCGAGGACGAGAGCUGCAGUGACAACGUGAAACACCACCUCAAGAAGGCAUACGACGACGCACUGUUACCUUAUCACGGCUUCUUGGCACAGAAGGGGUUUCAGUUCUUGCAUCACUAUGUUCCCACGAGAACGACGCUUCUUGGUCCAGAGCAGAGCAAUCAAAGCAACAUUAUUGCACUGAAAAACUUUUUAGUGACUUUCCGUGCUAAUUUGGACCAUUUGAACAACUUUUUCGAAGUAAAUAAGUUAAACCGAACAUACAAAGUCUAGUCUCACGUGUUUUUAAGUCAUACUAGUACAUAAGAUAGAAGUUGAAUCAUGUUGUUAAUCACUUAUAAUGGAAAUGUUGCUGCCCAUGGUUCGUCUCGUUCGAUGGUGGUCCAUAUCAUAGGAAGCCUUUUCUGCUUGAAACUGCUGUCGUCGGAACCGGGAAGCUCGGCGAAUGGCUGUAAAACUCGAUGCAAUCUGCAGCACCAACAGCAGACAUUGGAUGGCCUGCAAGACUGUGCUGGUAUUGUAUUUUAAAAUUUGCUCACUAGUCAUCAAAUAAAUUUGCAAUGGAGUUUGUAUGAAAACAGAUAAAAUCCAGAAGCCUGCGAAAUCCGGAAUCUAACAGGAAAGAGUAAUAGUGGAGUGAAAAGGUAUAUUGGGGCAAUAAGAAUAGCACCUUGUCCAAAAGAUUUCCUGAGUAUCCAAGAUACAAGCGGAGACACUCUAUCGGGGCAGCAAUGACUAAAGACAAUACUGAUAGGACACGGUGAAUAGUCGAUAAGUUCCAGUACUGAAAGCAAAAAAGACAUUUUUAUGCAACAUUA